UCUUCGCAGCUCCCGUAGUUGUCCGUCGUUUCUAUCGUUCCGGUAGAGAUCGAGUGCCGCCCAUGCGGAGGAGGUCACAUCCCAUAACAAACUCUCACCCUGGUCGGAAACUCACCUGUCAGAGUCCCUCAUGCUGCUGGUUCGGCGUUCGGCAGUUGGUUUCAGGUUCGGCGGUGUGGCUCGAUGGGGUCUGCGCUGUCUGUGCUCCGGAGACGCAGCGGGCCGGUACCGGGACUCUGUCCUGCUGCCCCGCACUGACUUCCCCAUGAAAGUGAACGGGCCAAACCUUCUUGAGCGAGAGAUCCAGAUCCAGCAGAAAUGUGGUUUUGACCAGCUGUACACAUGGCAGAGGCAGAAAAAAUCUAAGAAGGAGUAUUGCCUUCAUGAUGGACCACCGUAUGCCAAUGGGGACCCGCACGUUGGGCACGCUCUCAAUAAGAUCCUCAAAGACAUCCGGAACCGUUUUGAGGUGCUGAGAGGCAGGCUGGUGCACUAUGUGCCCGGCUGGGACUGCCAUGGGCUGCCCAUUGAGCUCAAAGCACUGGGAGACCUGGAAACCAGUGAGCUGACUCCUCUACAGAUCAGACAGAAAGCAAGGGAGUUUGCAGAGAGUGCCAUAUCUCGGCAGCGUGCUGCAUUCCAGCGCUGGGGCGUGAUGGCUGACUGGGACAAUUGUUAUUACACUUUUGAUGGGAAAUAUGAAGCGGCCCAGCUCAAAGUCUUCCUGGAGAUGCACAACAAGGGUUUAAUUUAUCAGGACUAUAAGCCUGUUUUCUGGUCACCAUCAUCCAGGACGGCGCUUGCAGAAGCUGAGCUGGAGUAUAAUCCAGAACAUGUGAGCCGUGCUCUGUACAUCACUUUCCCCCUGGUCACCCUGCCAGCCAAACUCGCUGUAAAAUCAGAAAAUUGGGGUCGUGUGUCUGCUCUAAUAUGGACGACCCAGCCAUGGACUAUUCCAGCCAAUGAGUCGGUGUGUUACAUGCCCAAAGUACAGUACUCUGUAGUAAAGCGAGCUGAUAAUGAGCAGCUACUCCUAGUGGCCACAGAUCGCAUGAACAGCCUCGCCUCUAAACUAGGGACAGAUCUGGAGAGUUUGGGUACAUUCGCAGGGUCAGAUCUUGAAGGUGGAGUCUGUCAGCAUCCCACAAUUCCUUCAAAAGAAGUGCCUUUGUUGCCAGCUAAUCAUGUGACCAUGACUAAGGGAACGGGAUUGGUCCACACAGCUCCUGCCCAUGGCAUGGAGGACUACAGUGUUGCAACACACUUUAAUCUGCCAGUAGAGUGCAUUGUAGAUGAGGAGGGCAGGUUUACAGAACUUGCUGGGGCUGAACUGCAGAAUAAAUCUGUAAUGACUGAAGGCAAUGCCGCAGUAAUCUCAAUGUUGCAGGCAGCGGGUGCAGUUGUGAAGGAGGAGGACUGUGUCCACAGCUACCCGUAUGACUGGAGGACCAAACAGCCAGUUGUUACCAGAGCCAGUAAACAGUGGUUUAUUAACACAGCCAGCCUCAAAGACAAAGCUAAGGAUGCCCUGCAGAAGGUGCGUGUGAUACCCGAAUCGGCUAGGUCCAGUUUGUUGGCGAUGUUGGACAGAAGAACAUACUGGUGUAUAUCUCGGCAGAGGAGCUGGGGCGUUCCCAUCCCAGUGUUCUACCACAAAGAGACCGGAGAGCCACUCUUAAACAAACAUUCAGUGACACACAUCGCUAAAGUUUUCUCUGAGAAGGGAAGUGACAGCUGGUGGGCGGAGCCAGUGGAGACAUUUCUGACUCCAGAGGUUCUUCAGAAGAGUAAAGCAGGUGCAGUAUCUGAUUAUGUGCGGGGUGAAGAUGUCCUGGAUAUCUGGUUUGACAGUGGUGUCUCAUGGGCCGCUGUACUACAGGGUGAGUCACCAAAGUGGUCCUUAUCUAUACACGUAUUUCUGGUUAUUCAAUCAAUCAACAAGUAUAUUAUUGAUUGUUUGUCUGGGGUUCUUUGGUAUGCUUUGUUGUGUUGUAGUGUAAUGUCACUCUCUUUUUCAGAAUCAGAUCCACGUGCAGACUCGUAUGUGGAGGGGAAAGAUCAAAUUGGCGGUUGGUUUCAGUCGUCUCUCCUCACCAGUGUAGCUGUACGAAAUAAAGCCCCUUACAAAGCUCUAGUGGUCCAUGGAUUUGCUGUGAGUGAGAGAGGAGAAAAAAUGUCUAAGUCUAUAGGCAACGUGGUUGACCCAGAUGUUGUUAUUAAUGGAGGGAAGGACUUGUCUGCCUGUCCUCCAUAUGGUGCAGAUGUUUUGAGAUGGUGGGUUGCAGAGUCGAACAUCUUUUCUGAGGUUCAGAUCGGACCAAACACACUGAAUGCUGCUAAAGACAGCAUCAACAAGCUGAGGAACACACUGAGGUUUCUCUUGGGGAAUCUUCAGGGUUUUGAUCCUCGUUCCCAGGCUGUGGACCCUAAACAAAUGCACUACGUAGAUCAGUACAUGCUGCACCUGCUCAGAGAGUUCAGCAUGAAGGUAACCGAUGCUUACAAUGAGUUCGACAAUGGCCGCGUCAUCCGUCUGCUGCAAUCCUUCAUCACUAGAGAAUUAUCCAACUUCUAUUUCAGCAUCAUUAAAGAUAGGCUUUAUUGUGACCCUGAGGACUCCCUUGGUCGGAGGUCGUGUCAAACGACUCUAGAAGAGAUUCUGGAUGGAGUGAGUCGCUCUAUCGCUCCUGUCCUCCCUCACCUCGCUGAGGAGGUGUACCUGCACUCCCCUGGACAUGAUGAGGGGGACACUUUGUUUCGUAGCGGUUGGAUUAAGACCAGUUAUGUGUGGCGAAAGCCAGGACUGGAGGAAGCAGUAGAGGGCGCGUGUGCUAUCAGAGAUUCCUUCCUGUCAUCUAUUCCGGGACGUAACGCUGCUGAGUAUGACCUCAUCAUUGCCAUUGAACCUGGCCUGUUCUUUGAAAUCAUGGAGUCUCUUCAAGAGGAGUCCACUUCCACCUGCUCCCAGCUGACAGAGCUCAUGAUGGCCUCACGCACAACUCUGACAAGCUCUCUCCCACGGGAUUUGCCAUUGGAUGCUGUCACGAGCACAGGAAACUUCCUCAUCAACCUGGAAGGGGGAGUGAUCCGUGAGGAGAGUUCAUACAGCGUAGCCGCGAUGCCCACCUCUCUCUCACGCUGUCCGAGAUGUCGGCGAUACACAGCCGAUGAGCCAGACUGCCUCUGCCCACGAUGCCAAAACGUGAUGGAAAAUACAAAGUAAUCACCCUGACUGUUGCUAUGACUACUGCCCACCCACUGGCCCUCCUCCUCCUCUGAUGAUGAAAAAGGCUUGCAAGGGCUACCAUGGACCAGUAUGAAACUGCUAUUGUAAUAGACAGAAAGUUGUGAAAGUCUGAAGCUGUGGGAGAGGGGGAUCAUGUUACUCAGGGGGUCGGACAGGAGACAAACUGUUAUAAAUGAAUAAAACAAGAAUUUGGAAGGAAAAACCAAACGGGAGAUUCUCAACUGAGAAAACAUACACCAAAACCUGUUUCAGAUCAUUCUUAUAAUAUCAGCACUGACCUGGCAUCUGUGUUAAGUUUACAAAUUUAACAGCGCAGUUCUCAGCUACAGGUUUAAGCCACCUUAUUGUCUAUGCUGAAAAGAGCAUUUGUGCAUGUGUAUGUCCAUUUGUUUGCGAUGGGUGGAAGGUUUGGUUGAACACAUCUAACUUUAUUUUCUGUAUAUUCAAGUCAUGAAGGGGUAUGUUUUAUUAUGACCUUUUGCACUGAAGAUGUACUUAACAUGCAGUUUGACUUAUGAAAUCAAAGCAGAAGUACAAAAUGUACACAUUUAUUCUGCUGUUUUCAUAAAUCAGACUCAGUUAGAGGAGAGUUUGUCAAUUUUAGUUUUUUUGGUUUACUUGUAAAUGAUGCUUUAUGACAUGAAUUUUAUUGCUAAGCCAAUAAACAGUACAUACAGGAAAGAAAAAGA